AUGGAGGAUCGCCGAAUUCCUCUAUUGGGAGAGUUUGCAAGAGUUGAGGUGUAUGGCCAGCUCGAGGUACGGGUUACAGACUCAGCAGCAACAGCAGCUUCAACAGCAACAGCAGUUUCAGCAGCAACAGCUGUUAGUAAAGCUGAUUCAACUACAGCAAACUUUGCAUGUAAUGGUUUAUGCGGUGGAGUUUCUUUGCGCCGACUGUCAGACGGGGGUGGAGAUGUAUCAACAGGAGCAGCAUCGAUACCGAUAGCUCCUUCCUUGGCGUUUUUCUCAUUUUUGUUUUUUUUCGCGAUAUUCUUGCAGUGGUUAGUGUCGAAGAUCCCAGUGUACCCACCUCCUGUAUCUAUUAUCUGGUUUGUCUUCGGUAUGGCUGCUUACGGUGUUGCUUCUAUACCUGCUCUCUUACCUCCUCAGCCUUGGGAGACUCCGGGAGCAGCUGGCUUUGUAGAAACACCAGGAGGGUAUCAUGCACCUCUUGUAGGGCAUAAUAUAUUACAAACAGCUAUAUUAGAGACUCGGUUUAUAGACAGCUCGAUUGUAUAUUAUGUUAUGAUGCCGAUAUUAUUAUAUGAAGCAACUCAGAAUAUUAACUGGCACAAGUUUAAGAAAUUCUUUGCAGGAGGUCUUACUCUCGCUGUUCUCGGUGUUGCUGUACAAGUAGGUGUUUUAGGAGUUUUGUUUUACUAUACUUUCAUCUCCAAGCAGUGGAAGGACAUGGCUUGGAUAGCUGCAUUUCUUUUAGCUGCUACUCUCUCUUCGACAGACCCUGUCGCUGUCCUGUCGGUGCUCAACGCUGUAAAUGCAUCUGAUAAACUCUGCACCAUGUUCGAUGGAGAAUCUCUGAUAAACGACGGGAGCGCAGUAUUAUUAUUUCAGUUCUUUUUCUUUUUAUUACAAGGGGUGAUGGAGACACCGUUCUCAACAUUUUUGAUGUUUGUUAAGCUGCUGUUUGUCGGGCCGGCGUUCGGCGUUGCCGUCGGUUUCUUAGGAUAUUUUUGGUUGUUAUUUUUCAGAAGACAUCCUUUAACUCAGUGUCUUGCAUAUAUUACUUUUUGUUAUAUAUCUUACUUUCUUGCUGAAGCUGUCUUCUCUCUUUCGGGGCCUCUUACUGCUGUUUGCUACGGCUUAUUUAUCAAAGCUUACGGUCAUAUUGCCCUUGAUAGAGAUGCACAAACAAAGCAUCAUACGUUUGUUGCAGCAUUAGCUUUGAUGGCGAACUGCACAAUAUUUAUAGUGUCAGGAAUUGUAACAUACGGCAUGAUGAGUUCUGUCUUUACAAAAGAAGACGGGCAGUGCUGCUUGUGUGGGGUGGUCUACGAGGAGGUAUUGUAUUAG